AGUCAGUUUUGUAAACAUAUUUCUAAUGUCAAAAUCGAGUUGCUUUCGUUUAUAAACAUUGUUUACGAUAAACGAAAUACCUAUUUAAAUUGGUUUUCGCGUGUGUAUUUAAAACUGAAUUUAUUUUAACACACUAUGGGUGCAGUGCCUUUGUUUUGAUUUUUUGCGAUAAUAACAUAACCUAAAAAUGUGUUGUGUUUGUUCUUUUUUGUGUUUUAACUUAAUUCUAUUUGAAUUGUUGUGUGGUUUGAAGUGUAGUGUAAUAAUAUAUAAAGUGAUGGUUUCAAGAUAAUUGUUAGUCGGGUGAAAAUCGACGAGUUGAUUUAGAGUACCGUUUAAUACCAACAACGAAAGGAAAACAACUAUUAAUGAUGAAAAAUGGACACACUUUUUCUCAAAAUGCAAUGACGUGUAAUUAUUAUUGUUCGAAGAAGAACACAGGGUGUAAAGCUCGUAUUAAGUUGAACAAAUCGGGCAGGGUUAUACUGGCUGAUAAUAUUCAUGAUCAUCCACCCCCUAACUACCUCCGCACUGCCUCAGGACAUUAUAUUAAAAUUUAAAAUGUAUGUUAUACAAACAAGGGCGUCGCCGGCCUAUGCCCUAGUAAGCGGGCAGUUCAUAUAACACCGUCCCCGGAGAAUAAAAAGAUAACUGCAAAAAUGCUCCUUAAAUACUGGACGCAGACAGGUAAUUUUCGAUGGGAAAGGAAGUACUGUGAGAACAUCGGCGAAAAGAAAUACAAAUGCUUGAUUUGUUAUAGUGUAUUGACUUUCCCUAAAGGUAGUUAUGGAAAUUUUAAACGUCACAUGAAAAGGUUACAUCCUCACGUUUUCGAAAAAGAACAGUUACGACUGCCACCUUCUCAUAUCGACAAAUCUAGUAAUAAAGAAGAGGUUUACAUAUUAGAGUAUAUCGAAGACGAAAGUAUCUUAGACGAAAUAGAUUAUAUAACUACUGAUGAUAAGAAUGAACCACAAAAAGUGACAUCAAAAGAUGCCGAUACUGAAGAUGAAGACAGUCUUAGUAAAAACGACUCGGAUAAUUGUAACACUGAAGCUAAUGAUGAUCAGGAAGCAAUUGCAAUUUUGGUUUCUAAAACGACUCCUCGCAGAUGGAGUUGGGUAAAAAAAUACAUGCGGUCCAUCGAUGAGCGAAGUAAGGAAUGUCUGCUUUGCUCAAACGUCUUGAGACUAGCUCCAGGAUCAUACAGUAAUAUGACACGUCAUAUUAAGAAUAAACAUCUAAAUGUUUAUAAUAAAGAAUAUAGAAUAGCAAAUAUGCCUAGAAAGAAAAGUCAAGAGAAGACAUCAGACGAUACGGAGAACCAAACGGAAAAAUCAAAUAUAUCCAAAUCUUUACUUACUGCACAAGAAGAUGACAGCGAAGGAGAUGGUAGUCCUGAUAAAUACGAUUCGGAUGAUUUUGAUACUAAAGCUAAUGAUGAUCCGGAAGCGACCGCGGAUUUGUUUCCUAAAAUGUGUUCUAACAAAUGGAGUUGGGUGAGAAAAUACAUGCGAAACAUCAAUGACCGAUGUAAGCAAUGUCGGAUUUGCUCUAGCGUCUUAAGAUUAGCUUCAGGAUCAAACAAGGAUAUGAUUCGCCAUAUUAGAGCUAAACACGCAAAUAUUUUUGAGAAAGAAUUUGUAGCAAACUGGUCUAACAAGAAGAGGCAAAAGAAACAAUCGGACGAUACAGAGAGCCAGAAGGAAAAAAUAAAUAUAUCUUCAAAAGAAGACGAAAACGAAGAUGAUGACAAAGAUCUUAGUGAUUCGCGUAACGAAACUGAAGAAAGUACGAAGUGUGAAGACGUACAGGAAAUCAUUGAAAUAACGACCAAUUCAAAAAUGUAUAUCCAGCCAUAUUCAGGUAUUCCUAUGCGCUAUUGCUGGGUGAAAGAUUACUCUAAGAAACUUGAUGAUGAAAAAUGGCAAUGCUCGCUAUGUCUGACAGAAUUAAGAAUGCGACCAGGAUAUUACGGUAAUUUCCUAUGGGAAAGGAAGUAUUGUAAGAACAUCAUGGAAAAUAAAUAUAAAUGCUUGAUCUGUAAUAUGGUUUUGAGUUUACGUAAAGCUCACUAUGGAAAUUUUAAACGUCACAUAAGAAGGCGACAUCCUCAUAUUUACGUAAAAGAGAAGUUAGGGCUGACGUCUUCAACUGUCGACAAAAUAAGUAAUAAAGAAGAAAUUUACAUCUUGGAAUAUAUUGAAGAUGAAAAGUUAUUAGAUGAAGUAGAUUAUAUUACUACUUCCAAUGAUAAGCAUGAACCCCAAAACGUCUCGGAAAAAGACUCUGACAGCGAAGAUGAAUACAGCUCUGAUAAAAAUAACUCGCAUGAUUUCAACACUGAAGCUAAAGAUGAUCAAGAAUCCGUCGCAGUUUUGGUUUCCAAAAUGACACCUAGCAAAUGGGGAUGGGUAAAAAAAUUUAUGCGAAACAUCGACGAGCGAAGAAAACAAUGCUUGCUUUGCUCAAGCGUCUUACAAUUACCUCCAGGAACAUACGGUAAUAUGACACGCCAUAUAAGAAGUAAACAUAGGAGUGUUUUUAUGAAAGAAUAUAUGGCAAAUAUGCCUAAGAAGAGCCAAGGCGAAAAUUCCGAUAAUGCAGAAAGCCAGCAGGAAAAAUUUAAUACACCUGAAUCUGCUAUUACUUUAAUAGAGCAACACAGUAAAGGUGGAGAAAAAAGUAAAAAACUAAGUGAUUCGCAAAGCGAAAAUGAGAAAGGUUUAGAUUGUGAUGACAUACAGGAAAACAUUGAAAUUACUACCAAUCCAGAUGUUAAUAUACUGCCAAAAUCAGGUAUUGCUAUGCGAUCUGGCUGGGUAAAAGAUUACUGUGAGAAAAUUGAUUUUGAAAAAUGGCAAUGUUCAAUAUGUUCUACAGUAAUAAAAAUGCGACCAGGAAUUUACGGCAACAUGAAACGACAUAUUAGAGCCAAACAUGAACAUAUUUACAAAAAAGAACUUUUACAUUGUAUUUCUGAAUUAGAGAAUGCAAAAUCUACUAACGAUAGUUAGAAUGCGCUAAAAUUUAAUAAAUUUAAUUUAACGUUUUAGAAUUAGAUAAAGAAUAAAUAAAAUAAAAUUGUAAAUGAUAAUUUU